AUGUGGACGCGCCGUCUGGGUAUAUGGGAGUUUACGACCGGUCCACGAAACAUUCGGGUCUGUAAAAGAGACAAUCCAACCAUGGCUCCAGGUGUAGAAACCCUCACGCUCGCGGCUUGUGCGGGUGGAGUCGUCCUUGCCGGCGCCGGCUUUCUAUGGCAGAAGGCCUGUAAAAAGCCCCCGAUCUGGGUCAGCCAGCUAGAUCAAUUGGGUCAGCCAAGAGAUAAGUUGCUCCCUGGCACAGUGGUAGUCUGCGGAGGAAGUGUGGCCGGCAUUGUAGCAGCGCGAAUAUGCGCUGAUCAUUUCGAAAACGUCCUCGUUGUCGACCCCGACAUCGAAAAUCCUGGAAACAGGAUACUCCAGUGGAAUGCAGCGCACCUUUAUCUCUGUCUGUUCGUUACUGGGGCUCGUCGUCUGUGGAAAACCUUUGACGAUGUCGUCAAAAACGUUGGUGGCCGGAUUCUUCCGGCCGACCUCCAGAUCCACUAUUCUGGGGUUGAAUUACCAACGCCUCACAAAGACUACGCCGCCGGUGAUUUACCUGAUACGCUUCUCCUGCGACGUCCUUCUCUUCAAAAAGCCCUCUAUUCACUCCUUCGUGGCUCACCCAAUGUUUCCGUGCUACCGGGAACAGUUCGGAGCUUCCAGCCAAGCAGCGACCGGUCUGUGGUCGAAUCCGUAACCGUUCGCAAAAGCGACGGGUCGAAGGAAAAUUUGAAUGAUGUAGCUCUCGUUGUUGACUGCACCGGUAGACUCCAAGGCGGUUUCAAGUGGCUCAAAUCCGCUGGCUACAAUAUUGACGACAAGAUCAAAUGCUCAUAUGACCCGAAUCUGCGGUACAUGACCUGCGCUUUCAGCGUUUCUCCCGAGCUGGAGGCCCGUCUGCCUAUCCCCGCAGCUCAACGAUCGACUCCGAUUGCGUAUGUGUAUGUUCCACAUGACGACACGCAGUCUUGUUUCUUGGGGCUAUCAAUGAAUGACGGAAAUGUCAUCCAGAUCCUGUUUGGUGACACUGGCAUGGGGUAUUUGCCCCAGGCAUCCAACGAGCUUCUCCCCUUCAUAGAGCGUUUUCGCGGGCAAAAAAAGCCACUUCCUCCUUGGCUCACGGACACGGUCCAGAUGCUCGUUGACGAGGUGGAGCCUGAAUUCUAUCCAAUAAACCUCAAUAUGUUGACGUUUAUGCAGUACCACCUGCUCCGUCCCCGAACUCUUCCUAGCAAUUUCGUUGCUAUCGGUGAUGCCUUUCUGUUCUUGAAUCCUGUUCAUGGCCAAGGAUUUGCAAAGGCCAUGCUCAACGGAAUUACUCUGAACGCAUUACUUCAUUCCCUUCCGCACUCAUCUCAACUUCCAGCCAACUUUUCGACGCAAUACUUCAAUGACUCGGCGGAUCCCAUGAACGCAUUAUGGGAUGCAACACGACUACAUGAUUACGGUUCCACUAAUUGUGUGCCUAUGCCUGGUGAGACGAAGGAGACUGGCUGGGUUAGUCGCUGGCUGGGCGAAAAAUUAAUCUCGUCCUCAACCCGAGAUGACGAAGUUGCUUCGGCUCUGUGGCACGUCCGUCAGAUGCUUGCGUCUGAGAAGACCCUGCUCGCGCCAACGAUAUUAUGGAAAGUAUUGUUAACGCCGUCGAUGUUCUGA